CAUAACAACUUAGCGUCCAAAUGUGCUCUCAACCGGAUAAGAGAUCUUCCACAAGGACAUUGUACCGUUUAACUCCGACAGAUCGCUGCCUACUUCUUCGUCGCAACCUAGGUCGAGAUAUCCGGACUUGACUCCUCAGUCUGCAACGAUUGUCCCGGGCUGGAGAGGGUAAGAGGGAGCGUGAGUCGGUUUCUUGCAAUGGUCGACGACGCCCAGCGACCAUGAAGACUAUCUGAUGAACGUAAAUCUCCACCCAUAUAUAUCAGCUUGUCUCGAAAACCUUUGUUUCCAAUAUGUGUUGCCUCUCGGCAUUUGAUCCAGUGCCGACCCUCUUGGUACCUGGAACCCGUCGCGUUUGCUACUUCACGAUGCCGAAUGGGGAAACGAGGAGAGACAUUGCCAGAGCUAGUCUCGCGCCUCUCCCGCUUGGCGUCCCAACGGCCAGUGACUCACUCACUCAUGCCAUGACUAACAAGAAACACGCACGACUAACAAGCCAGACUUAACUCACCGAUCGAUAUACUCAAUCAAUUCUCCGACAGCCUUGACUCUCUCUUUUUACACCCCGACCAGCAAACCGCCACCGGCCAUGGGCUCUCCACUCUAUACCGUCCUCGUCACCGGCUCCGCCGGCCACCUCGGCGCCGCUCUGAUGCUCUCCCUCCCCUCCCUCGGCCACGUUCCGCUCGGCAUCGACAUCCUCCCCUCUCCGACAACAACCGUCGUCGGCUCCAUCACCGACCGCGCCCUCAUCGCCUCACUCCUCGCCCGGAACCCGUCCAUAGCCCACAUCGUCCACGCCGCGACCCUGCACAAGCCGCACGUCGACUCGCACCCGCACUCCGCCUUUGUCGACACCAACGUCACCGGUACCCUCGUCCUCCUCGAAGAGGCAACCGCCGCCGCCGCCGCCGCCCCCCUGCUUCCUCGACGACGCAUCGCCUCCUUCGUCUUCAUCUCGACGACCUCGGCCUUUGGCGGCGCCCUAUCCCCGCGCCCUGGCCGACCCGCUGCCUGGAUCGACGAGUCUGUAGCCCCCGUCCCGAAAAAUAUCUACGGCGUGACCAAGUGCGCCGCCGAGGACCUCUGCGCCCUCGCCCACCGCCAGUCGUCCCUGCCCGUGCUCGUCCUCCGCACCGCGCGCUUCUUCCCCGAGGCCGACGACGACGCCGACCGCCGUGCCGCCCUACCCGACGACGCGAACCUCAAGGUCUGCGAGCUGGCCUACCGCAGGGCCGACAUCGCCGACGUUGUCUCCGCCGUGGUGUGCGCCAUGGACAGGGCGGCCGACGUCGGGUUCGGGAAAUACAUCGUUUCCGCCCCGCCCCCGUUUUCCCAGCCCGCCAUCCACGACGAUGACGACGACGACGACGACGACGACGACGACAGGAACGGGAAGGUCGUGAAGACACAGCUCCUGCGGCGCCUGGACGAGGAUGCGGGUGCGGCGCUACGGGAGGCCGUGCCCGGGUGCGCGGCCGUGUUUGAGAAGCUUGGAUGGGGGUUCCUCGGGCGGUUGGACCGGGUGUACGACUCCUCCAAGGCGGUCAGGGAGCUUGGGUGGAAACCCGAGUGGACUUUUGAAAAGGUCGUCGAGAGGCUGGCAAGGGGGGAGGACUGGAGGAGCGAGCUGACGCACAGGGUCGGGAAGAAGGGGUACCAUGCCGUGCCAACGGGCGUGUACACGUCGUGAG